AUGUCGACGCCRUCACUCGCCCCAUUUAUCAUGAAGCGGCYAUGGCUGCAGAAGUGGAUGCAGCCCCUGUCCCGCUGGUACCUCGACAGCGCGGGAUACCGCAAGUUGGGAUUGAGAGCCGAUGACCUGAUUGCAGAGGAGAGCCCCGAAGUGCAGCUCGCCCUCAAGCGUUUGUCGCCCAAGGAAGCAUAUGACCGCGUCUUCCGCAUGCGACGGGCCGUUCAGUGCUCGAUUGCGCAUCAAUUGCUACCAAAGCACGAGUGGACCAAGCCUGAUGAUGACUACCCAUACCUCUCGCCUAUCAUCCGCGCCAUUGAGACGGAGCAAGCGGAGCGCGCCGACCUUGAGAGCAUGCAAAUCACCAAGCCCAAGUCCAAGAAAUAG